AUGUACGGUGGCACGAAUGAAGAGUCCACAAAGCCGCUGCUCAUCUGUCUACACGGUGGCCCCGGCAUGUCGAAUCGGCAAGAGACAUCUAUCUAUUCCAUGUUUGAAACCCGCCUCCGCGUUCUCAUCUACGAUGCCCGUGGAAGCGGACUAAUCCUCAACAGCGCUUGGGCCGACGGUGUUGCUGGUGCCAUGGGCGCGCUAGCUAAUGUGAUAAGAUGGGAAGUAACGGCAACCUCUGUCAACUUAUUACAAGGGUGUCACAGGCCUAUAGCCAUCAAGCAAAUCGAGACCAUCAGGGUAGACGUCGAUCGCCAGAAGCGAGUGUGGUCGGGCACGUUACUGGAUGAUGGCGACUUUUUAGACGCUGUCGUAGAGCUGCUACUUGUCACUGCAGCCGCAAACCCCAGAACGUCUAUGGACACCAACUAUUGCGAAGGCGUGCAGCUUCAGGAAAAUGACUCUCUAGCAGCAGAAGCGCUUGACAAAUUUUCUCGCGGCCAGGGCAACACGGAAGUCGUCUCAGAGACAGAGACUGGGGCAAAUGUACGGAUAUACGAUGAUAGUUGGAAGCUUUUGGGGCUUAUUCACCCGCAAACCUUCGCUGCUACACAGAACACAGCCUUUCACGAUAAUAUGCCGCGAUUCCAAGUGCUCGACAGGCUGUGUGAGGUUCAGGGCCCCUUUUACAUGCCCUACCAGGGCAAGAGGACAAAUUCGGCCGUGUACUGUUAA